GGUCAGUGUGAUUGUUUGUUGGUGAUAAGAUCCAAGGGUGAGACACAGCGACAGUGCGCCAGAGCAAAGUGAAGAGGGGUUGCUCUUAUUUGGCCAUCUUUUUUCCCCCUGAAGGUCCACUCUCAGGACAACUAUGCUUCACCUGACAACAGGACGUGUGGGGUGCUUGCUUUCCAAGCAAGCGGUGGUGGCACUGACGAGCAGUGGUGCGAGGAUGUCAAGCCAUGGCCACCACGAGGUGUCCGACUCGGUGGACAUGUCACAGCCAAUGUACUGGGAUCGUCUGGACACCCCUCUGCCAGACAGACCAUGGAAGGAUGUCCUCGAUUCUACGGAUAAGAGCCUGAAACAGAAGGAGAAGGGUCCCUGGACUGCACUGUCCAAGGAGGAGAAAAUCGCCUUGUACAGGCUGAAGUUCAACCACACCUAUCCUGAGAUGAAGAGGCCCUCCCAUGAAUGGAAGACUGUGAUUGGUGGGAUGUUCAUCUUCUUUGGCAUCACUGGUCUGGUGGUCUUUUGGCAGGGCCACUAUGUGUACCCACCCCAACCUCAUACCUUUGGUGAGGAGUGGCAGGCUAAGCAGAUCCAGAGGAUGUUGGAUAUGCGGAUCAACCCAAUCGAGGGCUUCUCUGCCCAGUGGGACUACAAGAACAAACAAUGGAAGUAAAGGAAGGGAAUAGACCACUGCUGGAAGGAGGAAUGUUUCAACUUGACACCUUGAGCCUCUGUUCAGCCACCAUAACAGCAAUCCAUCCAUCUGAAUCCAUUCUCUUACUAUUUAAGUAAUAAAUAACAAAAAACUGGUUGUUUCCUUCUCUUUCCAUCUAAGAAAAUAACAGUAUAAUAUUAUGGGCUGCCGGUCCUCAACCUAAUUUCUGCUUUAGUGUUCCUGUGGUAGUGUCUAGUUUGGCCCUAAGUGAGUAUUGUGAGAUGUGCCAUUGCCUUGGUGGUCCUGACACAUUCAACACUAACAAAGGAAUUUCUACUCCAAAAUGGUCCUCCGUAUUGAAUGUAUAAACACAACUCAAUGACAAAAAAAAGAUUAAAUCAA